GGGUGGGUGCCGGGGCCGCCGCGCGGGCGGCGCCAAGAUGCCGCGGGGCUUCCUGGUGAAGCGCAGCCGCCGGCCCGCCCCCGCCUCGUACCGCGCGCGCUGCUGCCGCGACCCCGCCGGGGCGCCGCCGCCCGCCCGCCCCGCCGCGCCGCCGGGGCACACGGUGCCGUGCGGGACGCCCGAUGCCGCCGUGCAGGCGCUGUACAGCCCCACGCGGCCCGUCAGCAGGGACAAGUACCUGGAGCGCGGCUUCAGCCUGGGCUCGCCCGUCUCGGCCGAGUCCUUCCCGGCGCCGGCCGUGCCCGCCACCAUGGACCCGCUGCUCUUCGCGCCGGCCGAGCUCAAGCUCUGGGCCGCCGCCGGCCCCGCAGAGCCGCCCGCCGCGGGUCCCGGCCCCGGUGGAGCCCCCGCGCCGCCCGCCCCGGCCGCGCCGCCCGCCGCCGCCCGCCCGCAGCCCGCCAAGCGGCCGCCGAGCGCCGCGGAGCCCGGGCGGCAGAAGGCCCCGUCGGGCAAGAAGGCGAAGGCGAUCCGCAAGCUGACCUUCGAGGACGAGGUGACCACGUCGCCCGUGCUGGGGCUGCGCAUCAAGGAGGGCCCGGUGGAGGCGCCGGCCAGGGCGCGGGGCGGCUGCGCCCGCCCGCUGGGCGAGUUCAUCUGCCAGCUCUGCAAGGAGGAGUACGGGGACCCCUUCGCGCUGGCGCAGCACCGCUGCUCCCGCAUCGUGCGGGUGGAGUACCGCUGCCCCGAGUGCGACAAGGUCUUCUCCUGCCCCGCCAACCUUGCCUCGCACCGCCGCUGGCACAAGCCGCGCCCGCCCGCCGCCAAGAGCGGCCCCGAGCCGGGCCGAGCGCCGCCGGAGGAGCCGCCGAAGGAGGCGGGAGCGGGCAGCGGCAGCGAGCGGGACACGCCGAGCCCCGGCGGCGGCUCGGAAGCGGGCUCCGAGGAGGGGCUCUUCGAGUGCCCCCGCUGCGCCAAGCGGUUCCGCCGGCAGGCCUACCUGCGCAAGCACCUGCUGGGCCACCAGCCGCCGGCACCCGCGCCGGGAGCCGCGCCGGCCUCCGAGCCCGCAGCCGAGGAGCCGCCCGCGCCGCCGCCCGCCGAGUGCCGCCUGUGCCCGGUGUGCGGGGAGACCUUCCCCAGCAAGAGCAGCCAGGAGCGGCACCUCCGCCUGCUGCACGCCGCGCAGGUCUUCCCCUGCAAGUACUGCCCGGCCACCUUCUACAGCUCGCCCGGCCUCACCCGGCACAUCAACAAGUGCCACCCCUCGGAGAACAGGCAGGUCAUCCUGCUCCAGGUGCCGCUGCGGCCCGCCUGCUAGAGCCGCCCGUGCCUUCCCGCACCGCCCCGCACGGCCCGGGGCCGCCACACGAUUAGCUUUAACCCGGCUGGUGAACCGCUGGAGCCCGGCUUCGCGCCCGCCGCCGGGUCCGUCCCUCCGUUUGGGCCGCUGGUUCGCCUCGGCGCCCGUCGGGGGACCCCGGACCCGCCGGAGGAGCCGCCCGAGGGUUCCCGUUCCCGCAGCCGCCGAUGCCUUGACGCCGCUGUUGAUGGUCUCCAGAAGAUGCUGUAGAAACUGCCUUAACUGUGACAUGCCAACCUUCUGUUUCCGUUCGGUUUGCCCUUCCCGAGGUAGCUCACGAGUUGACUAUCUGUAUAUGUUGGUUUGAGUAAUUAUGUUAUUUAUUCGUUAUUUAUUUAUAUUAAUUAUGAAGAUUGAUAUUAUUUGACCGCAGAUGCUCUGACGCUGGUUUUGUCCCCGCCUGCCAUUUCACUGUGCGUUUUAGAAGAGGUUUUUUGUUGUUUGUUUUUUUUUUUUUCCUCAAGGGAUCUGCUAUAAAGGUUUUAACUUUUAUACCUAGAACACACACGACCUUGGCCAUUCGAUCCUGUGCAGCCGACAGCUCUUACUUUUAGAUGCAAUCUCUUUUUCUACACACAUUAUUUUCUUAACUGUUAGCUAUUUAUAGAGUGCUUCAAUAGAACUGUUUCAACUGUAUAAUUAUUUACUAUUCAAAUAAAAUAUUUUCCAAUGCA